UAUAAGAAGCCUCAGAGGACUGCAUGUGCUCAGUUGUUGCAACCCUGAGCCUAAGGAUACGAGCAAAGACACCAAACCCCCUCAGAAGGAAGGACUUCUAUACAUCACGCUCACAGGCUGGAGCCUCGUCCCUCAGGUUUUACGUCCAGAUUCUCCUGCUGUUGACUCCUCGUUCUAAACUGCUGUUCGUCCCUGAGCGUCCAGGUGUGCUGAGCGAUGAAGAUCCCUCUGUGGUUCCUGGUGGUGCUGCUGGCUUGUCUCUUCACUCCUGGACACAGCGACUGUCAGGGGGAAUGCGUGGCCUGCGGGGUUCUCCUGCAGCAGCAGCAGAUGCAGCAAGCCUUCAACACUAUGGUGUGUCUGCUGGAGUGUGAGGGUCACGUCUCCUCCUCGCUCACCUGGGAGGUCUGUAAACGAGCCGUGAAGCUGUCGCAGCAUCCUGCUCUUCCUGAGGGCGGCGCUGUGUUCAGGAGGACGGGAGAGGAGCUGCAGCUGACCUCUCUGGACCUGGACUCUGACAGCGAGCGUUUCCAGGACGAGGACCAGACCCUGGAGCAGCGCAGCGUCCGCUACGACUCCUCCCAGGACGGGGAGGACGAGGGGAGGCAGCCGAGGGAGGAGCUGGGAGGGGACGAGGACGACGGAUCCGAGGGUCUCUCCUUGUCCAAACGCUUCGGAGGCUUCCAGAGGGGCCGCCACGGGUACAGGAAGCUGAUUGGCUCCCCCGUCAGGCCCCUACAGAAGCGCUACGGCGGCUUCAUAGGCGUCCGGAAAUCCGCCCGCAAAUGGAACAGUCAGAAACGAGUGAACCAGCUGCUGAGGCAGUACCUGGGAAUGAGGAGCAGCCGCAGCGGCAGGUUCAACAACAACCCCGUGACUCGGGUCUGGAGGCAAAACAAACUGUAACCUGCCCCUGUUGCCCCCUCACUCCACCCAUCCUGCCCCAGUUACCUCAACCCCGUUUGUUUUUUCUAGCAGCUCGCUCCAGUUUGAACUGGGACGUCACCAUCAUGAACAGAUCCGCCUGCACCUCUGUGUCUCUGAGUAAAGAAUGUUUGGUGUCCUCUGAUUCAGCAUCUUUACAUCCAUCCUGUGAAAUAAAACAGUUAGAGAAGUGCAAUUGAAUAUAUUUUUGUGUGUCAGUAUAAUAAAAGGGGCCAAAUGAGAUUGGAAAA